AUGGCAUCCAAGAAAUACGCCUUCUGGAACGGUUUCCCGUUCAUGACCGCUCCACGAACAAACUACUACUCCGCGCAGUUACAGUCGUCUCUGUUCCGUCUGCCACGCGAAGUUCGAGAUGUCAUCUACGCAUACUAUGUUACUGGAGACGAUGGUUACCAUUACGACAGUGGAACUGGCAAGAUGUUCUAUACAACUGAGCCAAGGCAAACAGUGUUUGAUCUGCUACAACACGAGGACUUCCUUGAUCUCUAUACUCGCUAUCCAUCGGUCAAAGCUUGGUUCAGAGAGCCUUUGCAACAGUCAGUGGCAGAGCAGGCCGACCUUCUGUUAGCUUCUGAAGGUCCUGGCGACGAAGGCGAAUUAGCUGCUGGCGCAUUCGACAAGGCUCUUCAAUACGCACUACUGUGUGCAAGAAAGCGUAACGGUCCGGAGUUUGCGAGGCUUGCUGGCGAGACAUUUGGUGUGAGACUGUGUCCCAUCGAUAGGCUCCCGGGUGAAUCGCAAAUGAAUAAGUUCGUCGAAGGCGCAUUGCACGAUGUGUAUUCUUGGGAGCCCGACCCAUGGGCAAUGCCGGACGACGACGAGCUGGCAAAGCUCGAAAACCUGGUCUGCUUUCCCAGCGACACCGACACCGAUCUUCCCAUGACCGACGAGGGCAUCUUCUACUUUCCGGAAAGGCGCAUCGACCUGUUCAACAACUUACUCCCGGAAGGCUUCAUAUGGUUCGAUACAUUCGAUCCCAAUGUCGAAUUCGACUGGCUGAGACCUACGGAAUGUUUUUGGGUACUGAUUCCUUGGAUCGAAGAGGCGUAUAACCUUUUGUCAUGCGGGAUGCCACUCCAUUCCUUCAGCUUAGUCAUCGAUGGCUCGACCAGAGAGAUCUCCGAGAUCUGGAAACUGAUCAAGUACGCUGCGGCUACGCAGGAGGCGCGACUCGAGCAAUAUCGGCUUCUGAAAGAGGACCCACCUCCUAGGUCACAUACGCUGGAUUACUAUUUCUGGUUGGCUCUCCCCACCAACUUUGCAAAGAUGAUCCGCGAGAUAAUAGAAGGCUCGUCAGUCGUCAAGUUUGAAGGGGACGUAGGUGAGCCUUGGGAUUCAGAUGCGUUUUUGUUCGAACGCAAAGAUUGGAGCGACGAGCAGUGGGACCAAGAUUGGAUCGAUAAUAUCGUUUGCUACGGGAUUUCCUCGAAUCGAUUCCGGCAGGCGGCAAACAGGUAUGCUAUCAAGCCAUAUGCGCUAAGGACGACACGUCGUUUCGUCAGACACGGAGAAGGCGACCCGAACGAUACACAAUCAGGUGUGUGA